AUUCAAUUUAAUUUUAACCUUUACCAAACACUUAGAUUAGCAACACCUUAUUAAUACACACAUCUUUAAAUGAUAUUCUUUCUUGUUCGUAUUUUUGAAAUUUACAAUACUUAUUCGGCAUUAUCUCGUUUGUAGAUUUGCAGUUUUACUAACAUAAAUAGUAGUAGACACAUCAAGUGUCACAUACGCACUACCACGCACUACUACAUACGCAUCGGGUAUUCACAUACACACUACAAACACACACCGCCGCCAUGCUUGGCGGUCUUCAUGGCCGAACCGGAAAAUGGGCAGGACACAGCUCUUUUGAGAAUCGACAAAGUCUAACAGCAUCUCUCCUGAGCGCUUUAACCUCAAAUUUGUCUCGUCACACGACAAGUAAUUUCGAAAUGCCUCACGAUAAGAAAACCACUCGACGAAGUCGCUCUCGUGAUCGUGAUCGGGAACGUGAGCGCGAUCGAGAGCGACGUGAUCGCCGGCGCAGCAGAAGUCGAUCAAAAGACCGUAAGAAGGACAGAAAGCGAUCUAGAUCAAGGGAACGAUCUCGAGAGCGAGAUAGAUCACGCGAGCGUGACAGAUCGCGAGAGAGGGAUCGCGAUCGUUCGAGGGAACGUAGAGAUGUCAAGGACAGAUCCAAAGAUGACAAGAAACGAAAGAGUCCUGUACUUAUCAAUGAAGAUGAUUUAAAGAAGGACCUGAAGAACGAUGUCAAAAAGGAUGAGGAAGAGGCAGAAGAUAACAUUAAACUUGUACCAAAAAAAGAGCCAUUGAGUUUGGAAGAACUGUUAGCCAAAAAGAAGGCAGAAGAGGAAGCUCGGGCUAAGCCAAAAUUUCUCAGUAAGGAAGAACGUGCUGCUUUAGCAUUGGAGAAACGUCAAAAAGAAGUUGAAGCAAUAAGAAAACAACAGGAGGAAGAACGCAAAUCCUUAUUUCACAAUGAUAAUAUCAGCAAAGAGAGAGAAUGGGAUGAUAGAGACAGUAGGAGAAGAGAUACACAGCGGUCGCGCGAGGACGAGAUUAAAGAUAAGGAUAAGGAAAAAGAAGUAGAGGCCAUUAAGGAACGAUAUUUAGGUCUGGUGAAAAAAAAGCGUCGGGUCAGAAGACUAAAUGAUCGUAAGUUUGUUUUUGACUGGGAUACUUCCGAGGACACAUCUGUGGAUUAUAACAACAUUUACAAGGAACGACACCAGGUGCAAUUCUUUGGUAGAGGUAAUCUGGCAGGCAUUGACAUUAAGGCGCAGAAACGGGACCAGAGCAAGUUCUAUGGUGAAUUGUUGGAGAAAAGACGUACAGAGGCUGAAAAGGAACAAGAAAAAAUGAGAUUAAAAAAAGUAAAACGAAAAGAAGAGAAGCAAAAGUGGGAUGACCGACACUGGUCUGAAAAAGCGCUAAACGAAAUGACUGAACGCGACUGGCGUAUUUUCCGUGAGGAUUACAACAUCACGAUCAAGGGUGGUCGCAUUCCUGAUCCUAUACGAUCUUGGAAGGAGUCUGGCUUCCCCAAAGAAAUUCUCGACAUUAUCGAUAAGGUCGGCUAUAAAGAUCUCACUCCUAUUCAGCGACAGGCGAUUCCCAUCGGUCUGCAGAAUCGUGAUAUUAUUGGUGUUGCGGAGACUGGUUCGGGUAAAACACUGGCGUUCUUAAUUCCAUUGCUACUAUGGAUCACCAGUCUACCAAAGAUUGAACGACUCGAGGAGGCAGAUCAAGGACCCUAUAGUAUUAUUUUGGCACCUACACGUGAAUUAGCACAGCAGAUAGAAGAAGAAACUAACAAAUUCGGACAACCAUUAGGCAUUCGGACUGUCGUAGUAGUGGGUGGUCUCUCGAGAGAGGAGCAAGGUUUCAGAUUGAGGAUGGGUUGUGAGAUUGUCAUCGCCACACCUGGGCGUUUGAUAGACGUUUUGGAAAACCGGUAUCUCGUAUUGAACCAAUGUACUUACAUUGUGCUGGACGAGGCUGACAGGAUGAUAGAUAUGGGUUUUGAACCAGAUGUUCAAAAAAUUUUGGAGUAUAUGCCUGUGACGAAUCUAAAACCGGAUAAUGAAGAUGCGGAGAACGAAGAAAAACUUUUGGCCAACUACAAUACAAAGAAGAAGUACAGACAAACAGUGAUGUUUACUGCUACGAUGCCUCCUGCUGUGGAACGGUUAGCUAGAACUUAUUUACGAAGACCAGCGGUCGUGUACAUCGGUAGUGUUGGCAAACCUACCGAGCGUACCGAGCAGAUAGUUCAUAUUAUGGGCGAGGCCGAUAAACGAAAGAAACUAAUGGAGAUACUCAGCAGAGGUGUCGAACCACCUGUUAUCAUAUUCGUUAAUCAGAAGAAGGGUGCAGAUGUCUUGGCGAGAGGUUUGGAGAAAUUAGGAUACAAUGCCUGCACCUUGCACGGUGGUAAGGGUCAGGAGCAGCGAGAGUACGCUUUGGCGUCACUCAAAAGUGGUAGCAAGGAUAUUCUUGUGGCCACUGACGUUGCUGGACGUGGUAUCGACAUUAAGGAUGUAUCAAUGGUCAUCAACUAUGAUAUGGCUAAGACUAUCGAAGACUACACACACAGAAUCGGUCGAACCGGUCGUGCUGGCAAAGCUGGUCUUGCCAUUUCCUUUUGUACGAAGGAUGAUAGCCACCUAUUUUACGAUCUUAAACAAACUAUUCUCGCCAGUCCGAUAUCUACUUGUCCACCGGAGCUUCUUAACCAUCCUGACGCGCAGCAUAAGCCUGGAACCGUAGUUACGAAGAAACGACGGGAAGAAAAGAUAUUUGCUUGAAUUCUCUCGACACUACGUACUUUUUCGACAUGUUUGACUUAUGGGCCAAGAAUUCGAAGUUCCGAAAGAUAUGAAAGGGUAAUUUCAUAGAUACGAAUAAUCGAUCAGAUUUGCAGUUGGUGAACAGAAGCAGCGGUAAACUGUAAAAUAAUUGUAAACCAGUC